UUUUCAGAAUAGACAAAGAACAACACGAUGCGCAUCCACCUUUGGUUGCCAUUGGUCACGUAUCAAAACAUGUUCAAACUAGUGUAAAAACCAUCGUGAUAGUCAUUUUGAGCACAUUAUACAGAUAUUCUGGUAAAUCUGAAUAAUAAAAGUAAUCUAAUGAACUGUUAUUAUCACUUUUAAAUAUGGACAGUGCAUCUAGUGAUAACGUUGAUGAAAGCGAAACUGAUUCUAGUGUUGAUAAACCACGACGAGCGAAAUUGGUGUGUCCACGUGAGGGUUGUAAUGCCUCAUUCAGCAAACCCAACAAAUUAACUUACCACAUCAGGAAGCACAAUGGAGAGAGACCCUUUGUAUGUCCUGAGGAAGGUUGUGACAAAUCAUACACAAACUCAACACAUUUACUCAGACACAAAAGAGUUUCCCACUCCAAAGGUAAACCACAAGAAAGAUUUCCGUGUACGCAUGAUGGUUGCCUCAAGGAAUUCGCAAACAAAUAUUCUUUGAAAGUGCAUAUUGGACGGUUUCACAAGGAUAGGGAAUAUCCAUUCAAAUGCACACAUUGCAAUCAGGGCUUCUUCAGGAAAGGACAAUUACAAAAACACAUGUAUAUACAUACAGGUGUUUUACCAUUCGAAUGUGACAUUUGCAACAAGAGGUUUUCAACAAAUUUGGAUUGUUCAAGACAUAAAAGUCAUCAUAAUGUCUAUGAUUGUGAGUGCGGCGAAACAUUCAAUUUUUGGACACUGUUACUUGCUCAUAGGAAAAUUUGCACCAUAAACAAUUCAAAAAAAGAAUUCCCAUGUGAUACGUGUGGUAAGAUAUUUUCGAGUUCAGCGAUAAUGAAUAGGCACAAAAAGGUGCAUCUGGAUAAAAAGGAAAGAGACAUAUACCCUUGUGUAUUCGAGGGUUGUAAAAGAUAUUAUUUCUAUAAGAAUAAUUUGCAGUAUCAUAUCACUACAUUUCAUGAAAACAAGAAAAAGAAGAUUCCUUGCCCAAUAGAAGGAUGCAAAGUUACACUCUCCAAAAUGCAAAAUGUUCACAAGCAUGUGUAUAAUCACAAAAAUAAAAAACCAAAGAAAACGAAUAGAAAUCGAAGAAAGGACGCUGGAAGCAUUAAGCACAGUACAGCUCUCAAAUUAGCUGGUAUAAAGUUACCAUAUUCAGCAAAUAUGCAUCUCCUCAGAGGGGAACAGUUGAAUAUAAAAAAUACUAAAAGAAAAAAUACAACACAAGCUGAUGAUGAUGAUGAAGCAGAUAGUGAGUCAGAUGAUGAAUAUGAUGAAUUGAUGAAGGAAAUCAACGAAGGCGCUGAAAAUCAAUCAAGUGAUGAUGAUAAUAAUAUGGACACUGACAAUGAGCUGGAGUCUGACGAAAGUGACGAUAACGUUAUAGAAGUGAUCUGCAAUAUUAAGGAAACUAAUCCAGAUAUAUUAGUUGCCCAACAGUCUUGAUUUAUAUUCAGGUUGUUUUUGAAAUAAAGUCACAAGCAAAAAAAAAACUGUUUUAAUUUAA